AUGGCGGCCUCGAAGCCCGUGGACUCGCAGGCCGGCUCCGGCUUGUCCCGCUGGCAGCUGGCGCUCGCCAUCGGCGCCCCCGUCCUGCUGGGGGCCGGCGCCCUCUACCUGUGGAAACGGUCCGUGUCGAAGCGGAGCGAGAGGAAAGCGCCGGAGGGCAUCUCCAGCCCCCGUGCCCAAGGAGGGGGGCCGAUCGUGGGGAGAACCAGACGGACAACCAGCAUGUUGGACCGGGCUCAAGCUGCAAAGAAUAAGGGAAACAAGUAUUUCAAAGCUGGAAAAUUUGAACAAGCUAUUCAUUGUUAUACUGAGGCAAUAGGCCUGUGUCCUUUGGACCAGAAGCAAGACCUUUCAACAUUUUACCAGAAUCCUGCAGCAUUUGAACAGCAGCAAAAAUGGAAAGAAGUUGCUCAGGAUUGCUCCAAGGCUGUAGAACUCAAUCCCAAGUACAUAAAGGCACUAUACCGCCGUGCAAAGGCUUACGAGAAACUAGAUAAUAACAAUGAGUGCUUGGAAGAUGUUACUGCAGUUUGUAUCCUGGAAGGAUUCCAAAACCAGCAAAGCAUGCUUCUUGCUGACAAAGUCCUUAAGCUACUUGGAAAGGAGAAAGCUAAAGAAAAGUAUAAGAACAGAGAGCCUCUGAUGCCCUCCCCUCAGUUCAUCAAAUCAUAUUUCAAUUCGUUUACUGAUGAUAUCAUCUCACAGCCUUUGCUUAAAGGUGAAAAGCCUGGAGACAAAGACAAAGAGGGUGAAGCUGCUGACGUCAGGAGAACAGGAAGGUCUGGCUACCAGAAGGCAAAACAGUACAUGGAGGAAGAGAACUAUGACAAAAUUAUUAGUGAAUGCACAAAAGAGAUAGAGGACAAAAGGAAAAUAUGUGGCAGAAGCCUUGUGCUUCGGGCUACCUUCUACCUGCUAAUCGGCAAUGCAGCAGCUGCUCAACCUGACCUUGAUAUGGUUGUUAGUAUGGAAGAUGCAAAUGUGAAACUGCGUGCUAAUGCAUUGAUCAAGCGUGGAAGCAUGUACAUGCAGCAGCAACAGUCACAGCUGUCAACGCAAGAUUUCAACAUGGCUGCUGAUAUUGAUCCUCAAAAUGCUGAUGUUUAUCAUCAUCGAGGACAAUUGAAGAUUUUACUUGACCACGUGGAGGAGGCUGUUGAAGACUUUGAUGAGUGCAUUAGACUGCGUCCAGACUCUGCUCUAGCACGCCAGAAGUGCUUUGCAUUGUAUCGUCAGGCCUACACUGGAAGUAAUCCUUUGCAGAUCCAAGUGGCUGAAGGUUUUGAAGACGUCAUUAAAAGUUUUCCCAAGUGUGCAGAAGGUUAUGCAUUAUAUGCACAGGCUUUAACUGACCAGCAGCAUUUUAGUAAGGCAGAUGAAAUGUACGAUAAGUGCAUUGAACUAGAACCAGACAAUGCAACAACAUAUGUUCACAAAGGCUUGCUUCAGCUUCAGUGGAAGCAGGAUUUGGAUAAAGGCUUGGAACUAAUCAGCAAGGCCAUCGAGAUCGAUAACAAAUGUGAUUUUGCAUACGAGACCAUGGGUACCAUUGAGGUCCAGAGGGGAAAUCUGGCAAAGGCUAUCGAAAUGUUUAGCAAGGCCAUUAAUCUGGCCAAGUCAGAAAUGGAGAUGGCUCAUUUAUAUUCACUUUGCGAUGCUGCAUAUGCACAGACCGAAGUUGCUAAAAAAUACGGAUUGAAGCCCCCAACACUGUGAUUUAAAGUUACUCACAGCACGAUUCCCAUUCUUCUGUUAAGCCUCUGAAUCCUUUCUAAAACUGUUUGAAUGCCACAGUGAUGUUUGUGAUACUUGGUAAUGUCUUCUGUAUAGGUGCGUCAGUGGUUGAUGAUGAAUGUGUGCAAAAUAAAUUGCACUCAAGUUGGCCUUCGAAGUGGCACUGAGCAAAACAUCUGUUUUACACAAUCAGGCCACACAAACAUCUUAUAGUUUAUUCUC